GAAUGCAUGAGAGGAUUUCACAGCAGAAAGAAUAACUUGUUUUUCCUGUUUCUGCAUAUCUCUUCAAGGCGUAAACAGGGGAAGUGGCAUGAGAGUAGCGCAUACACACACACACACACUCACUCGUACACACUGACAAGGGCAUGAUGCAGUCUGCUCCACCUGUUCUCCCUCGGAAACACUCAUUAAUCAGAGUUCUGACGUCUCCUGGAGCUCACGCUAUCAGCCCAGACCACACAGUGAAUGGAAGUCAGACUAAAAAAAUAAGUGCACCAACGAUGAAUGCAGAGAGAGAAGUGGGACUCUUAAAUCACUGCUUCGAUGAUGUGGAGCGCUUCAUGGGCCGUCUGCAGCAGGCGGCGGACGCCCGGAGUGUUCUAGAACAGCGUUCCAAGAAGAAGAGCAGGAGAAAGAGCAAAAAGAACAAAGAUGAUGACCUGCUGACUCAGAAAGCGACUCCCCCUUCAGAGGAAGAAUUUGUGGACAUUUUUCAGAAAGUCAAGUAUUCACUAAGUUUACUGGCUCGUUUGAAAGACUCAAUAUCACAUCCAAGUUCCGAAGAGUUGGUCCAUCAUGUCUUCACUCCACUGAACUUGACGGUGAAAGCCACUGGAGGUCCCUCAUUGGCGGCCUCAGUCUCCAGUCCAGCGCUAACCAGUGGAGCGGUCACUCUGCUGCAGGACACACUAACAGAGGAGGAGAAGGAGCUGUGGACGUCACUGGGAGCCAACUGGACAUCGGCACAUUCUCAGCCUGGAGGGGCAGUGUCUCCAUACACACCUGUGUUCCUGGAUGGAUGGCAGCCUGCUCUUUGCGAUGAUGAGGGACAGCCUCUUGAGGAUCCAGUUGAAUCAGAGCAAAGAUAUGAGGCCUUAGUGGAGAGCCAGGCAGCUCAGGAGACUGAAACAGCCACUUCCCCAGAUCAGCCAACAACUGAGGUGGAUAGUGGAGGUCUUGCUCCAGAUGCUGAGCGACUGUAUUGCUGUAGUUAUGACUUUGUGGCCAGAAACAGCAGUGAGCUUUCUGUACUGCAGGGAGAGACACUGGAGGUGGUUGAGUCUUCCAAGCGCUGGUGGAAAUGUAAGAACAGCUACGAUCAGAUUGGCUUUGUCCCUCAUAAUAUCCUGGAGCCUCUCUCUGCCCUGGAAAAUGCAGAAGCUGAUCAAACAAGACAGCCCAAGAAGGUGGCUCUGCCUCCCCCGGGCCAGAGGUUCUCCUACUCGGCUCCCAGUCCCACUGAAGCCAGCCCUCCGGCCUUCGGUGGCCAAAGCAUGCUGCCAGUGGGGGAGGACAAUGGUGUGUUAAAUGAGGAGCUCAUGCAACGGCUGGCGAAUGGUCGGUCGGGAUCGGCAUGGCCACUGGUCAUCCCCCGGGCAACAGAGACCUCCGCCCCUCUGGACUACCACUCACCGCCUGCAGAGGUCCAGAGCUGGCUAACAGGCAAAGGCUUCAGUGACGAGACGGUGCAGAGUCUGGGAAUUCUAACAGGAGCACAGCUCUUCUCACUAAACAAAGAGGAGCUGCGCUCCGUCUCUCCAGAAGAGGGCGUCAGAGUCUACAGCCAGAUCACUGUGCAGAAAUCCCUGCUGGAGGAUGUGAGGAAGUCCACCGAGCUGGAGGAGGUGAUGGAGAAACAGAAAAUGAAGGUGGAUUUGAAAAUGGAGGCUGGACAGAUGUAACACACACAAACACACAUACACACAUA